AUCCAUUGCUUCACUUUGUCUUGAAGAUGCACACAACCCACUGAAGUAGCUUCUUACAAGCACAAAGCAUCAGUCCAAAUUCAAAAUGUCAACAAGUGGGUUCCAGCUCCUAAACAUACAGACGUGUGUUCUCAAGGUACACGUUAACUGUAAUGGAUGCAAGCAGAAAGUGAAGAAACUCCUUAGCAGAAUUGAAGGAGUUUACUCGGUAAGCAUAGAUGCGGAGCAGCAGAAGGUGACAGUCACAGGAAAUGUGGAUGCUGCCACUUUAAUCAACAAGUUGGUGAGACGUGGGAAACAUGCAGAGCUUUGGCCCCCAAGUAACCACCAAAACCAGAACCAACAACAUUCCAAUUUCAUGAAAGAUGAUGAUCAUAGCAUACAUCCAAUGCAUUAUCGAAUCAAUGACAACCAGCACAUGUUGCCUUCCUUUUAUGCCAUGGAAGACCAAGAUAGGUGGGCGAGGGGGAUGUAUCUCAAUCAAAGUAUGGGGACAAAGGCUAUGGCAGGUUAUAUUGAUCACAACAUGGCGACACCAACAAUGGAAGGAUAUGCGUAUAUGGGUGGUGAUGCAGACAAUACGCUAAUGGGUCUGGAGAAUUUUCAGGUCAAUGCUGCUGGUUUUGUUGGCUUGGGAGGUUAUGGAUGGAGCGAAUUUCAAGAUUUUUCUGCAGGGUUUCCGUCUAACGAAUAAAUGGCAACAUCUAUAUGCAUCAAUCCCCUAAUUCCUUCUAUUAAUGAUUAUUAUUAUCACUAUAUUUUCAGUUCUGCACCAUACCCUCACUAGUAGCCAGAAAAACCACACUUCAGUAGUCAUGCAAAAUACAAGCUCGGUCAUGAGAAAAAGCAGACAGAUUACAAGAUGUCUUCAGCGAUAUCGACACUCAAAUAGUUAC